AUGCCGUGGUAUUGGCCAUUUAGAAAGGAUAGUACAUUAUCUGAACCAUAUUCAUUACAUAAUCCAACAUUAAUCGAAGGUAUUAGUGAUGAUACAAUACUUUUAUUUGUUUUUACUGUAAGUCUCAUUGGUCUUUGGAUUUAUUAUUCAAGACGUGAGCGUAAUACAAGUAUUCAUCCAGAUAAUCGACAAGAUGUUGAAUUAUUACGUGAACGAACUCAACAAAAUUCUCAAACUGAUACAACUAAUAGAUUACCAUUACCUGUUGGUCGACCUCGUCAUGAUACAUGUCCUAUUUGUCUUAGUGAUUCAUCAGUAUUAAGUGUUGAAACGAAUUGUGGACAUUUAUUUUGUGGUCAAUGUAUUAUUACAUUUUGGAAGUUUCAAAGCAAUUGGAUGAGUGGUAUGAAUUGCCCUGUAUGUCGACAACAGGUAACUGUUCUUCUGACAUGUUUCACUGCUGAUGAAGAAGCAUCAACAGAUAAUGAUGCUCGAGAUACGGUAAUUAAUGAUGUACAAGAUUUUAAUCGACGAUUUUCUGGUGCUCCGCGAACGUUUCGUGAAUAUAUAUCUGAUAUACCUGUGUUAAUUCCUCAUAUUAUUCGGCAAAUGUUUACUGUUCAAAAUUUAGCUUGGACAUAUCGUUUAAGAAUUAUACUAAUACUUUUUACAGUAAUUGCAUAUGUUCUUUCGCCAUUGGAUGUUUUACCAGAAAAUGUUCUUGGUUUUCUUGGAUUAUUUGAUGAUAUUCUUGUUAUAUUUUGUGCAGCACUUUAUGUUAUUAUUAUCUAUCGAGAAUUCUUAUCUCAUAGUUAA